AAUAAAUUUAAUGAUAUUCACAUAUUUAUAUAUGACAAAGCUCGCAAUACCAAUAUUUUAGAGUGUUAUGUGCUUAUUGCAAAUGUCUUAACGUAAGAUAUAUCUGGAGACUAGUUGCUUAUAUAGAAUCAAUUGAGUGGUACAAAUUAUAAUUAAUUCUGUAAUAACCGACAAGGAACCACCUUAAUAUGCAUACGUAUGUACACGAUUUCAUGCAUGUCCAGGACAGCUGUUUACUUGAAACAGCUGUGAAAAACAAAUUCUAAUUAGAUUUUUCGUGGGGUUCUUCCUCGUUUUUUCAAUUUCAUAAUAAAUAAUCCUCAAAUCGAUUGCAAAAAUGUUCCGAAGCUUUAAAAGGAUUUAUCGUCUGCCAGAGCGUCAGUAUACCACUAAAGCAAAGCGGAGCGUCUUAAUGCAAGAUAAAUCAAAGGUUUUGACCUAUAGCCCCAAAGCGUCAGAUCCAAAACAGCGUCGAGUUUAUGCUUGGGGGUUUCAGGAGACAGGCGCUCUGGGUCUUCAAACUAACAUCCGAAAAGCCAAAGAACGCUACACAGAAAUGGUCCACCAUCCAACACGAAUGCAAUUUUCAGUUAACACAGAUGUCAUAGACAUUACGGCCGGCUAUGGGUUCUCUGCCUUUGCAGUUCAACGAUCCGACGGUCAGACUCUUUUUGGCUCUGGAUUAAACACUGAUUCACAGUUGGGAUUUCAAGUUAAGGGUAGUUUAAAAGAGCCAUCUAAAUUAGAUGUAAUAAUCUAUCCUACUGCCAUAAACCUUCCCAGGCUCGAAAAUGAAACUGAUGCUGACAUGCAAGUGCGCUGUAUGUCGGCUGGGCGCGCUCAUUUGGUCGUAAUUACACAAAAUGGAACCAUUUUUACUAUGGGUAAUAAUUCAUAUGGCCAGUGCGGACGAGCUAUAAUCGAAAAUGAAGACUAUCGUGGUAGUGCGCUUAUACACCGAAUAUCAGAAAAGGAAAUUUGUAGGGCAAAUGACGAAAUUAUUUCUGUAGAAUGUGGUCAAGAUCACACUAUGUUCCUAACUAAACUAGGUUGUGUAUACACUUGUGGGUGGGGUGCAGAUGGUCAAACAGGAAAAGGACAUUACGAUACAAGCGGUGAAAUUGAAUUAGCCAAAGGUGAAAUUGUUGAUCAACGCAUAACAAAGUUAGCAUGCUCAUCAGAUUGUGUUUUGGCUUUAAACGACAAAGGCGAGGUAUUUGGCUGGGGAAAUUCUGAAUAUGGCCAACUAGAUAGUAGUGAAAAUGCCGAUACCCAAGUCAAUACACCUCGCGCAUUAUCCUUAACGAAAGGCAUUGGUAAGAUUAAAGAUAUAGCAGCAGGCGGAUCGUUUUGCAUGCUAUUAAAUGAGGAUGGACUUGUAUAUACCUGGGGUUACGGUAUACUAGGAUUUGGUCCUCGAGUGGAGCAAACUUCGAAACCACAACAAUUAUUGCCACCUUUGUUCGGCCGCAAUGACUUCAGUGACAAAACUCAUGUGACGUCUAUUGGGUGUGGCGUGUUUCAUAUGGGUGCCAUAAACUCAGACGGUGAUCUCUUUAUGUGGGGCAAGAAUCGUUUCGGCCAUCUAGGCUUAGGCCAUAAAAAAGAUCAAUUUUUCCCCUUCAAAACAGCAGUGAACGGCAAAGUAAUAAAAGUUGCUUUUGGAGUGGAUCACACACUGGCGCUGUGUCGACCUUUUAUUUAAAUAUUAUUUCUGUUUGUAAGGCUGUAUACAUGUAUAAUAAUUGCAUAUUAAGUAGUUUUAAGUAAACUGAGCAAAAUAAAUAAAUCAAAAAAACUUUGAA